AUGCCGGCGCAGCAGCCCGCGAGCAGCGACGGGGCCGCGCAGCCGGAGCCCGCGGUCAUCACCCCGGCCAUGCUGGAGGAGGAGGAGCAGCUGGAGGCCGCGGGGCUGGAGCGGGAGCGGCAGAUGCUGGAAAAGGCUCACAAGUCUUGGGAUAGAGAGUCCGUGGACAUACGGUACCGUAGACUUCAACAUUUGCUUGAAAAAAGCAAUAUCUACUCCAAAUUUUUAUUGACUAAAAUGGAACAACAACAGUUAGAGGAACUGAAGAAGAAAGAGAAAUUAGAGAGGAAAAAGGACUCUUCCAAAGUUACUACGGGUAAAAGUUCCAUUGCUGCAAGUGAAGAGAAUCCAGUUGUGAGAAAGAAAAGAGGAAGAGAAGAUGAAUCAUACAAUAUUUCAGAGGUUAUGUCAAAAGAGGAAAUUUUGUCUGUGGCUAAAAAAAAUAAGAAGAAUGAGGAUGAAAGCUCCUCUUCUAAUCUCUGUGUAGAAGAUCUUCAGAAAAACAAAGAUUCAAAUAGUAUAAUUAAAGAUAGAUUGUCGCAAACGGUUAGGCAGAAUACUAAACUCUUCUUUGACCCAGUUCGGAAAUAUAAUGGACAGCCUGUACCCUUUCAGCAACCAAAACAUUUUACAGGCGGUGUGAUGCGUUGGUACCAAGUAGAAGGCAUGGAAUGGCUCAGGAUGCUUUGGGAAAAUGGGAUUAAUGGCAUUUUAGCAGAUGAAAUGGGAUUGGGAAAGACAGUUCAGUGCAUUGCUACAAUCGCCUUGAUGAUUGAGAGAGGAGUACCUGGACCUUUUCUUGUCUGUGGCCCAUUAUCUACCCUUCCUAACUGGAUAGCUGAAUUCCAAAGGUUUACACCAGAAAUACCUACUAUGUUAUAUCACGGGACCCAGGAGGAACGUCGAAAAUUGGUAAGGAAGAUUCACCAACGGAAAGGAACACUGCAGAUUCAUCCUGUGGUGAUCACUUCAUUUGAAAUAGCCAUGAGAGACCGCAAUGCAUUACAGCAUUGCUAUUGGAAAUACUUAAUAGUAGAUGAAGGACACCGGAUUAAGAACAUGAAGUGCCGUCUAAUCAGGGAGUUAAAACGAUUUAAUGCAGAUAACAAACUUCUUUUGACUGGGACUCCCUUGCAAAACAAUUUAUCAGAACUUUGGUCACUGCUAAACUUUUUGUUGCCAGAUGUAUUUGAUGACUUGAAAAGCUUUGAAUCUUGGUUUGAUAUCACUAGUCUUUCUGAAACUGCUGAAGAUAUUAUUGCUAAAGAAAGAGAACAGAAUGUGUUGCAUAUGCUGCACCAGAUUCUAACACCGUUCUUACUGAGAAGACUAAAAUCUGAUGUUGCUCUUGAAGUUCCCCCUAAACGAGAAGUAGUAGUUUAUGCACCACUUUCAAAGAAACAAGAGACCUUUUACACUGCCAUCGUGAACCGUACCAUUGCCAACAUGUUCGGAGCCAGUGAGAAAGAAACAGUUCAGUUAAGUUCCACUGGACGACCAAAACGGCGAACAAGGAAAUUAAUAAAUUACAGCGAAAGAGAUGAUGAUUCCCCUAAUGAAUUGGACAGCUUGAUCAGUCAGCUCCAGCCAGAGCUAGACCAAGAAAGAGCUGUUGCAGAAGUGAAUAUUCCUGUAGAAUCUGAAGUUGAUCUGAAGCUGCAGAAUAUAAUGAUGCUACUUCGUAAAUGCUGUAACCAUCCAUAUUUGAUUGAGUACCCUAUAGAUCCAGUCACACAGGAGUUUAAGGUUGAUGAAGAAUUGAUAACAAAUUCUGGGAAAUUCUUAAUUUUGGAUCGAAUGCUGCCGGAACUAAAAGCCAGAGGUCAUAAGGUGCUGCUUUUUUCACAAAUGACAAGAAUGUUGGACAUUUUGAUUGAUUACUGCCACUUUAGAAAUUUCAACUUUAGCAGACUUGAUGGAUCCAUGACUUAUUCAGAGAGGGAGAGAAAUAUGCACAACUUUAACACAGAUCCAGAGGUGUUCAUCUUUUUAGUGAGUACACGAGCUGGUGGCCUGGGCAUUAAUUUGACGGCAGCAGAUACAGUGAUCAUUUAUGAUAGUGAUUGGAAUCCCCAGUCUGAUCUUCAGGCCCAGGAUAGAUGUCAUAGAAUCGGUCAGACAAAGCCAGUUGUUGUAUAUCGUCUUGUUACAGCAAACACUGUUGAUCAGAAAAUUGUGGAAAGAGCAGCUGCUAAAAGAAAAUUGGAGAAAUUGAUCAUCCACAAAAAUCAUUUCAAAGGUGGUCGAUCUGGAUUAAAUCCAUCUAAGAAUUUCCUAGACCCUAAGGAAUUAAUGGAAUUAUUAAAAUCUAGAGAUUAUGAGAGGGAAGUAAAAGGAUCAAGAGAAAAGGUCAUCAGUGAUGAAGAUUUAGAAUUGUUGUUAGAUCGAAGUGAUCUCAUUGAUCAAAUGAAUGCCUCAGGACCAAUUAAAGAGAAGAUGGGAAUUUUCAAGAUAUUAGAAAACUCUGAAGACUCCAGUUCUGAAUCUCCUGCCAGGUGGCCACAGGCAGUGGCUGACUUUGCACCUCCCUGA